CCUCUCCGCAUCCGGGAGAUCUGAGUAACGGGUAACGCCGGGCAUCAAGGAAGCAAGUCGCGCUGCAGCUGGAGAAGAUGGCAGAUCCGUGGCAGGAAUGCAUGGAUUAUGCAGUAACCCUAGCAAGACAAGCUGGAAAGGUGGUCUGUGAGGCUCUUAUAAAUGAAAAGAAUAUUAUGCUGAAAAGUUCUCCAGCUGAUUUGGUAACUGUUACUGACCAAAAAGUUGAACAAAUGCUUAUUUCUUCAAUAAAGGAAAAGUAUCCAUCUCACAGUUUCAUUGGUGAGGAGUCUGUGGCAGCUGGGGAGAAAAGUGUCUUAACCGACAACCCCACGUGGAUCAUUGACCCUAUUGAUGGAACGACUAACUUUGUACAUAGAUUUCCUUUUGUAGCUGUUUCAAUUGGCUUUGUUGUAAAUAAAAAGAUAGAAUUUGGAGUUGUGUACAGUUGUGUGGAGGAUAAGAUGUACUCUGCCAGGAAAGGAAAAGGAGCCUUUUGUAAUGGUCAGAAACUACAGGUUUCACAGCAAGAAGAUAUUACCAAAUCACUCUUGGUGACUGAGUUGGGCUCUUCCAGAACACCAGAGACUGUCAGAAUUAUUCUUUCUAAUAUGGAAAAGCUGUUUUGCAUUCCUAUUCAUGGAAUCCGGAGUGUUGGAACAGCAGCAGUUAAUAUGUGCCUUGUGGCAACUGGAGGAGCAGACGCGUAUUAUGAAAUGGGAAUUCACUGCUGGGAUGUUGCAGGAGCUGGCAUUAUUGUUACAGAAGCUGGUGGAGUGCUAAUGGAUGUUACGGGUGGACCGUUUGAUUUGAUGUCACGAAGAGUAAUUGCUGCAAGUAGUAGAGCAUUAGCAGAAAGGAUAGCCAAAGAAAUUCAGGUCGUACCUUUUCAACGAGAUGAUGAAGAUUAAUUACAACAGCCUUCUAUUCAGUCGUAGUUGCUUCUGCCCAGAUUUGCUGACUCACUGGUGGAUAUCUGUUUUAGAUGUAUGAUAUGCUUGGUUUAAAUUGUCUUUGUCCAGAUUAAGAAAUUGGAACUUGGUCCAUAUUUAUCUAAGACUAUGUUUGUAAGAAUAGAUGUAAUGUUUGUUUCAUUGCUUUAAAAAUUUUGCAUGUAAGAAAAUGUACUUUCGGAAAAAUGCACAGGAAGUACAGUUCAUGAGAUAAGCAUAAUGUCAACCAAAAUAGUCAAUUAGCAAUUUGUCAUUUCAAAGUACCUGUGAUCCUCUGGAAUUUUGACUGACUAUAUAUAUAUACAUAUAGACACUCAGAAAGUUACCUUUUUGGAAAAAAUUUUCUCUUUAAUUUCAAAAGCCAUAUUUAUUUAAAUUUCUAAGGAUAUUAUUAGUACUUCCUAGACCAAGGUUUGUCUUUUUGCAGAGAACCUUAUUUGUUUUAUUCAUCAGUGUCCAUAUAGCACCUAGUACAGUACCUGUCGAAUAGUAGGCAAUCCAAAACAAAUGUCAUAAGAAUGAAUAUUUUGAAGGCAACCAUUCAUAGUUAUAAGAGAUAUAUAAAGUGAUUAGCUCGCCAUUUGGUAUUUUUGCUUCAGGUUUUGAAGUAAAAAUUAGCUAGUUCUUUUUUAUAUUUCACAUUACCAUACCAUUUCACAUUACCAUACUGUAAGACAGCAUUGCUUGGCCGAGCAUGGUGGCUCAUGCCUGUAAUCCCAGCCCUUUGGGAGGCUCAGGUGGGAGGAUUGCUUGAGGCCAGGAGUUGAAUACCAGUCUGAGCAAUGUGACAAGACUCCAUCUCUACACAAAAUACAAAAAUUAGCUGGGUGUGAUGUAGUCCCAGCUACUCUGGAGGCUGAGAC